AUGGCAGCGGGCUUCGGGUCAUUCACCAUUAACGUCCCGGUCCCGGCCAUGCUCCUGCAGAGCCAAAGCAGCGUCGUCGCCCGUCCCCGUCCCCUCGAGCCACGCCCGAGCCAGCCCGGCGUGACCCACCUGGCCGUGCAGGCCGCCCCACAGGUGUUGGCUCAGGAAAGCUUAGCCACAGGUGUGACAGGAGUAAUGGUUCCGGCAGGGACAGUUACUCAACCUCUUCUUAUCCCAAUCAGUAUUGCAGGUCAGGUGACAGGCCAGCAGGCGCUGGCCCUGGUGACAAUUCCCACAGCAACGCUCGCCGCGCUCCCGGGACUGACGCCGGCGGCACCUGCGGGGGCGAUUUUCAAACCGCCCGUAGCCAAUCUCACAGCCGCUGCCGUGCUCAGCCCCGCCAUCCCGGCCAUCCCGGCGGGUCCCGGCGCCGCGGCCGCCCCCGCUGCCCCCGGGGCAGCCCCCGCUGCUGCCCCAGCCCCCCGGCGCCCACCCCCCCAAAGGACCCCCCCGAUGUCCGUGCAGCCCCCGAUGUCCGUGCAGCCCCAGAUCACCGGACUGGCCUUUAACCCCGGCAUACUCACGGCAGCUCUGGGGGCGCAGCCGCAGCUCCUGGGGUCCCUCAGUGCCCCCCCCGUGAUCGCCAACCCCCUCCCCAGCGUCCAGGGGAUCCCAGGGCAGCUCCUGACCAACGCCCAGGGCCAGGUGAUCGGGACCCUGCCGUGGGUCGUGGCCCCCCCCGGGGUGGCCGCGGCCGCCCCCACGCCGGCCCCCCCCAGCCUGCAGGUGACGCCGGUGACGCCGCAGCUGCUGCUCAACGCGCAGGGCCAGGUCAUCGCCACGCUGGCCACAGCCCACGCUGACCGCGGGGGCCACGCUGGCCACCGCCCCCCCCGCACCGGCCCCCCGGCAAGAAAAAUGGGCCCGCUGAGCCCCCCCGUCAAGAGCGAGGUCCAGCCCAUCCAGCCGGCCCCAGCCGGGGUGGGGACGAGCCCUGCGCCCGUGGCCAAGGUGUCGCCAUCCCCAGUGCCCAUCACGUGCUCCGAGACCCCCACCGUGAGCCAGCUGGUGUCCAGGGUUCACAGCCCCCGUGUCCCACCCCAGAACCCCCGCCCCACCCAGCGCCGAGGAGGAUUGGGAUCAAACCUGGAGGAAAUCCGGGAAUUCGCCAAGAACUUCAAACUGCGGCGCCUCUCGCUGGGGCUGACCCAGACCCAGGUGGGGCAGGCCCUGACGGCCACCGAGGGCCCUGCCUACAGCCAGUCGGCCAUCUGCAGGUUCGAGAAGCUGGACAUCACGCCCAAGAGCGCGCAGAAGCUGAAGCCGGUGCUGGAGAAGUGGCUGCGCGAGGCAGAGCAGCGGCAGCGCGAGGGGCAGCAGCACCUGCUGGAGUUCGUGGGGGGCGAGCCGGGCAAGAAGCGGAAGCGCCGCACAUCCUUCACCCCGCAGGCGCUCGAGGCCCUGAACGCGCACUUCGAGCGCAACGCGCUGCCCACGGGCGCCGAGAUCACGCGCAUCGCGCAGGAGCUGCGCUACGAGCGCGAGGUCGUGCGCGUCUGGUUCUGCAACCGCCGCCAGACCCUCAAGAACACCAGCAAGCUCAACGUCUUCCACGUGCCCUGAGCUGGGGUGCUGGCAACGCCCCGGGCGGCCCCCGGCCCGCUGCCGUCAGCGCUUUGGCCGCUGGUUCUGUCCCUCACCGCCACCCACGCCCGUAGCUGUGU